UUUGCAGGGAGGAGUGAGAGUGCCACGUCACUCGAGGAAACUUUCCCCAUCUCCCAUCGGCUCCGGGCCAGAGACGCUUGACGCCGACGAAGGAGGCGAGCAGCUCGCCUCUCCCCUCCUCGUCGCCCCCUCCUUGUGGGCAGAAUUUACAUUCCCACGAAGGAUAGCGUUGCUGUUCCUGCUCGGCCACUCGCUCACCUCCGUCGUCCUCUAGCCAUGGAGCUCGCCGGAGUCGCGGAGCGUCUCCGCAACAAGACCGUCGUCAUCACGGGCGCCACCGGGUUCAUAGCGAAACUUCUUGUGGAGAAGAUCCUGCGGCUGCAGCCGGGGGUGAAGAAGCUGUACCUUCUGGUACGCGCCGGCGAUCAGGUUUCUGCAGAAAAGCGAGUCAAAUCCGAGAUCCUGCAACUUAAGAUAUUUCGAACUUUGCAAGGUAAGUACCAAAAGGAUUUCAGUUCAUGGUUCUGGGACAAGGUUUUCCCCGUGGCAGGAGAUGUCUCUUUGAAGAAUUUGGGUAUAGGAGAUGUUGGACUUGCUGAAGAUAUGUUGAAAGAAACAAAUAUCAUCGUCCACAUGGCUGCGGCAGUUAACUUCAGAGAAAGAUACGAUACAGCCUUGGCAAUAAACACUGUGGGCGUGAAGCGUGUCAUCGAGUUUGCAUCAAGAUGUGCAAUGCUAGAGCUCCUUCUUCUUGUGUCAACUGCUUAUGUCAACGGAAAGGAAGCAGGGGUUAUGCUGGAGAAGCCACUUCACCAGUACAGGAACUACGAUGGCCGAUCAGAUUUAGACAUUUCAGAAGAGAUGGCAUUUGCAGAGGCGAAGCUGAAGGAGCUAGUUUCCAGUAAUGCUUCAGAAGAUACUAUAAGACGCACCAUGAAGAAGAUUGGCACACAAAGGGCUCAGAAGUUUGGAUGGAUGAAUACCUAUGUUUUCACAAAGGCAAUGGGUGAGAUGCUGGCAUAUGAACACAGAUCGCAGCUCCCAAUAGUCAUCUUCCGCCCAACAGCCACAACAAGCACGUGGAAGGAGCCUUUUCCUGGAUGGAUAGAAGGAAUCAAAACAAUUGACACAUGGGUCACUAAUUAUGGUAAAGGGCAUCUGAAGUUUCUGCCUGGAGAUGUCACAACCAUCAUAGACAUUGUACCUGCGGACAUAGUGGUCAAUGCAAUGCUUUGUAUUAUUGGUUGCCAGCCUCAACAAUCAUUGGACUUGAUCUACCAGAUUGGUUCUUCCAUGCGCAACCCGCUCAAGAUUGGUGAGCUGGUACAUGCAAUGUAUAGGUACUUCUCGGAGAAACCAUUCAUUGGUGCAGAGGGAGAUGUAAUCGAGGUGGAACAACCAAAUAUGCCGGCAACAAUGGCCAGCUUCUACGAGCAAAUGGACAUACACUACAAGGUGCCUUUGCAGGAUAUGGUAUGCCGUGGGUUAUCUACCACUGACGAUCAUGACAGAUACAACCAUCUAGAGAGAGAGUACAAUUUUACAGUGGCCGUUGCACAGGUGUACCGAUCAGCCACAUUCUUCAAAAGAAGAUUUGAUGAUUCCAACAUGCAGAGGCUUAUGGCGACGAUGAACGAAAGAGACAGAAAGCUGAUUCCCUGUGACACAAAGUUCAUCAACUGGGAGAAGUACCUUACAGAAAUUCACUUCCCCGGUGUCAUGGAAUGUGAAUCAAGAGAAGCAACAAGGGCUAGGCUUUAGAAGAGUAUACAAGCACCGAAGAACGGUUGAAGCGUUUGAUUCUGAUCCAGCGGCGGAUGCAUGUCCCUGAUGCAAAUCACUGUAGCCUCCGCAUCUUGUUCUUCCCUGCAGAGAGGAUCCGUCUCCUUUCCAUUUGUGAGUGUGCAAGAAAAAUGGAUAUCCUUUACUUGUCAGUGCGUCAUUUCUCAAGUCAAACAAGUAUUUCCUAAAGACUUAUUAGUGGUGGUCGGAAAAAGAAAACUUAUUGGAGAACGAUAUUUGU